CUGAGGUUUCCAAUCAACUUGGACGAUCCGGAACUGAGCACGCAAAUGCUUGAUAAAGAUUGUCACAAAGUUCGAUGAUCAAGAUCAAUCAAAGGGCGCCAACUCCAAAUGAGUAAGUCAGAUAUGCGAUAAGGAAGUGUUGGCAAAGUGCUUUGAUGUUGAAUAACUCAUUUUCACAUCGUGAUCCAUCCAGGAUGAAGAAACUAGCCGCCAUUUUUCUCAGUCUGAGCAUUUUGCUCUUUGAACCCGUCAGAGCCAUGCAACGCCCUCCAGGAGGGCGUCCUAUGUACCCUGGUGCUUCAGGACCACCUUCGUCAAUAAUGAGUCCGGCCAUUUGCUCCGGUAUAACGGGUCUCGUGGUGGGUACCGGAAUCGGCAUUGGCAUCGGCGCUCUCAUCUUCAACCGACCGUGGAACCGUGGGAACGUCGGUGGCGGAAUCUGGUUCGGCAAGCGGAGGAAACGAGAUCUAUGGAAUCACGAAGAAGAAGAUGACGACGAUGAUUGA